AUGUAUUUUCCAAAAAUUAAGACUUAUAUUACAUUAAAUUCCUAUUUAAAUUUUAGAGUAAAUGAUUUUAUUCUUGAAAAACAAUUGAGAUGGAUCCCUUUUAACAAGUUUAAAAAUGUUGAAUAUCUUAACGAAGGAGGAUUUGGUACUAUAUACAAAGCUAUUUGGGUAAAGAAUAAUGGAAAUAAAUAUAAAGAUAAUGAAGAUGAUGAAGAUAAUGAAGAUGAUAAAGAUGAUGAAGAUGAUGAAGAAGGUGAAGAUGAUGAAGAUGAUGAAGAAGGUGAAGAUGAUGAAGAAUAUAAAGAAUAUAAAGAAGAUGAAGAAGAUGAAGAAGUAAUUCUUAAAUGUUGCAAGAAAUUAAAUGAAAAUUUAAAUGAAUUUUUGAAAGAAUGGAAAUAUCAUACAAGUGUUUUAAGUUCAAAUGAUAUUAUAAAUUUUCAUGGAUUUACAGAAGAUCCAAAUACUUCAAAAUAUAUGGUAGUAAUGGAUUAUGCAAAUAAAGGUAGUUUAAGAGAAAAUUUAACAAGUAUAGUCAAAAAUAAUUGGAAUCAAAAAUUAUAUAUGUUGUACGAAAUUAUUUCUGGACUAAGUAAGAUACAUGGAGAAGAACUUAUUCAUUGUGAUUUUCAUGAUGGUAAUAUUUUAAAACAUAAUGAUGAGAAUAAGGAUAAAAUUUAUAUUAGUGAUUUAGGAUUAUGUCAACCUGCAAAAUCAUUUUUGAAAAAGUAUGAUAUUUAUGGUGUUAUACCAUUUAUGGCUCCUGAAGUUUUAAGAGGCAAAUCUUAUACUCCAGCUAGUGAUAUAUAUAGUUUUUCUAUGAUUAUGUGGGAGUUUACAUCUGGAAUACCACCAUUUAACAAUCGAGCACAUGAUCUUCAGCUUAGUUUAAGUAUUUGUAAAGGUGAACGUCCUGGAAUUAUUGAAAAUACUCCACAAUGUUAUGUAAAUUUAAUGAAAAAAUGUUGGAAUAAAAAUCCAUUAAAAAGACCAUCUACUUCAGAAGUGAAAGGUGUUUUUGAGAAUUGGAUUAUCCGUCCUUAUAAAAAUGAAGUCAGUAAAGAAUUAAAAAGCAACAUUAUGGAAUUUAUAAAUGCACCAAUUGGGCAUAACAAUCUUACUACUAAAUCUCAUCCUAAAGCAUGUUUUACAAGUCGCUUACUUGAUUUUACUAGUAAAAAAUUGAAUGAAAUUCUUGAAAGUGAAAAUUUACAAGCAUAUCAUAAAAGUCAUUCAGAUUUGAAUGAUUGUGUUAUUAAAGAUUUGAGGUCAUUAGAUGAGAAUAUUAAUAAAAAAUUGAAUGAAAUUCUUGAAAGUGAAGAUUUACAUGCUAGUGUAAAAGCAAAUGAAAUAAAUGAAAUGCUAGUAAGUGAAGAUUUGAAUAAUUAUAUAAUUAAGGAUCUGGGGUCAUUAGAUAUUAAAAAAGCAGAUGAAAAUUAA